AUGAAUGCUCAAAUAUCAUUUAUUAAAGGCGAAUUCAGCCUAAUCCACAUACCACUACCUCUAUACUCUUUGCUGUUGCAGCCAAUUCUGAGAGUUCUGCUACCAUACAAGGAAGCAGAUCCAGCAUCUGAGAAUGAAGAUGAUGAAGAGAGCUUAGUGUUUGAUCAAGAACAUGGUUUUCUCAAUAUCAGUGUAACACCAAUCGAAUGCUCAGUUGUCUGUCAUAAGUCUUGGGCGGAAAGUGUCUUUCAACCAAUUAUCGAUGCUUUGCCCAAAGAUGAAAAUAAUCAGGUUCAGAUAUCAACGGAUAGCUAUAUUGUCUUUUCCGUAGACAGUACUGGUACUGAUGCAGGCCAAAGGGUCAUGGAUCUCACCUCACCUCUUGCCAUGGCUGGCGUGCCCAUAUUCUUCAUCACAACCUACUUCACAGAUUUCAUCCUCGUCCCUUCCAAAGACCGCCACAAAGUCGGCCAAACCCUUCUCUCCCGGGGGUUCGAAUUCUCCGAAGAAGAAUCCGCCUACGUGGUCCCCACCCCAACAUCUCACUCUCGAGGCCCUAGUUCCAAUUCCAACCCGCCAUCCACUCCUCCCCCCUCCAACAUCGCCGAACUCCAAGCCCGCACCUUCAAACAUCUCAAGCGGAGAAAUGUAAAACCGUUCGUGCAGCCCGGUCUCCACCUCAUCCAGUGUUCCGGUCGCGACCGCGAAAUCGAAGAUCGUCCCAUCUCAAACGGUAAUGGAAAUGGUACGCAUACCUCUUCCCCUCUGGAUAAACUCAACACCCGUCUCUACAUCUCCAUUAUCUCGGCGCUGCUCCACCAACCCACUUUCCUCUCCCUCACCAUCUCCCUCGAAGAAGGCUCUUCUCUCCUCCUCGACAAAUCUCUCCUCCCUCUUUUUGGAAACUCGAUUCAAGGAGACACGGACGGGGAUCUCGUGCCGAUUUUCCUGGAUCUGGUGGAUUUACCAUUGGAAAGUACGGGCAUUGUGUGUGGCGUGGCGGGGAAACUGGUCGAUGAGAUGCGCAUGAAUGAUCGGCCGGAGGAAGAGGGCGGGUGUAUGUUUGGAAGGGAAUUAUCAUAUUUGAGUACGGCGCGAGCGGGCGCAGUGGUGCUAAGUGGCGGGGGGAGUGAGAGGGCAUUGGAGAUGUUGGGAGGGUUGCUGGAUCGGGAGGUUGGGGGGUGAGUCCACGGUGGAGAUGAGGAUGGGGAUAGAGAUGGAGAUGGGAGGUUGUGAUAUAUGUGUGUUCUAAUCCUAAUUUUGUACAUGGAAGAAUGGAAGAAUGGGAGAAUAGAGAAUAUGUGGAUGGAUGGAUAAUGGAUGGGUGCAUAUUGACAAGGCCGGGAGAAAAUUGAAAAGAAGCAAGCGAAGAAGUGCAUAUAUACAUAAGGGAGGCGAGAUUUAUUAUUUGCCAGGCAAGGCGGGUGGCUGGUUUGCUUACUUGCUCGCUAUAUGAUUUGAGCAUGCAUGUGCGAUGCAUAAAAGGAGUUUUUUUUAUUAUUAGUUUUUUUGCUUGUUAUCUGCUCUGCAGUACAUUUUGGGGAUGGGAUGGAGUGGGCAGAGGAUAGGAUUGGGUGGGAUAGGAUGGAUUGGAUAGGAUAGGAUAUUAUAAAAAGUUAUAUGGGAUGGAUGAGAUAGG